AGAGUGCAAAUCUUGUUUGGUCGGGGUCUCUGAACUAAAGCGUGACUUUAGAGAGAUAUAUAGGGUUAAAGAACGCCUCAAAACAUCCCACUCGUUCCAGAUAUCUCUUGUAGAUUAAUACAGAAAAUACGGAACGCAGAGGCGGCUAGUUGGUUUGCACCUCUGCCGUGGUGGAGUAUAUUAACUUUUUUAAAUGUGUCGUGUCUCUAUGUGACAAUGAAAGCGGUGUCCUUCAGACACCUUGAUAGCAAAAUAUCAGAAUAGUUGUUUAUGUUGUUUUAAUAAACAUUUAGGGUACAAUAAAAUUAUACAUUUAGCCUGUAAACAUUGGUUCAUUAUAUGCUAUAAAGCAAAAAACGAAGGAAACCGAAAGGUGUAAUUUUGAAAAUAAAAUAAAAUAAAACUCCAUCCCAGAGGCAGAUCGAUAUAGGAUCAAUACGCAUUUUUACAGACAUAAUGUCUACGGCUGCUGAGAUCUCGCCAAGAUGUCAGGUAUUAGUUGAGAGAGUCAGAUUAGUUUUAGUGGGCAGGAGAGCGGCGAAACCCGUCAUGCGAGCGAGCUGUGAGCCUAGCGGAGAGCGAGGCUACAGAGAGCUGUGAACUGAAUGGAAAUCUGUUGGUGAACUUAGACGCACUGUUGUCAGAGAGCGACACGGGACUCCUGCGUAAAACAAAGUAGCCCCGACUGGGAGUCGGGAGCCGACGAACUCCGUAAAGAGGACACACAAGUUGAUUCGAGCGAGAAGCUGAUCACUUGUAAACCGGCGCUGCGCUUUUAGUAACAUGCCCGCUAUCAAAAAGGAGAGACUGGAUGGGGACGAUAUGGCAUUGGCUGCCUUCAACCAGCCCGAAUACCUGGCCCCUUUAAAUGCCACCUCUAUCCCCGUGGUGACCCCUCAUCCGCCGCCGUACGAUCAAAUUUUCGCCCAUCAUCGCGCUUACUUGGGACUACACGACACCGCGCUACAUCACCAACACCUUCACCACUACCCCGAAGACUUAAUGCUGGAGAGAUUCUCUUCCAUUCCCGACUUUCAGCCUUUUUUUGACAACGGGGAGCCCUGCAUCGAGGUGGAAUGCGGGGAGAACAAGGCUUUGCUGUACAUUAACAAGCUUUGCCAGGGCAGCAAGGGACCCUCCAUCAAAUAUCGGGGCGAGUGGCUCACCCCGAACGAGUUUCAGUUUGUCAGUGGAAGGGAAACUGCCAAAGACUGGAAACGUAGUAUAAGGCACAAAGGGAAAAGUCUGAAGACCCUUAUGUCCAAAGGAAUUUUACAGGUACAUCCUCCAAUCUGUGAUUGCCCUGGGUGUCGAAUUUCGUCUCCAGUGAACCGCGGGCGCCUGGCGGAGAAGCGCACCACGCCCCUCCCCCCGACGCGCGUCCCCAAGAAGGAGCUGGUGUCCAUCUUCAGCAGCGACGACAGCGAGGGCAGCGAGAAGGCCAAUGGGGACCACGGGGACUUCAAGCAGGAGGACGAGCUGCGCUUCGGCAUCAUGAGGAAGAGCCGCGACAGCAGUGACCUCACGACGAUCAUCUCCAACCUGCACCACACCCGGCAGAGCGGCAUGCCCGAGGGCCAGCCGUGCGGCGAGAUCAGCAGGAGCAGCACCGUGGACAUCGGCUCUGCCGCCGCAGAUGACAUUUUAGGCAAGAGAAGAUCGUACUCCCCGAACAGCAGCAGCGAGUGCCCGUCAGAGAGCAAGAGGACCCGCAGCGCGUCCCCCAAAGAAAACUCCCAUACCCCUGCACUGGAGCCGCUGGCCAGUCACAUGACCCCGGAGGAGCACUACAGGCGGAUGAUGACAGCGCUGAACGAGCACGGGUCCUACGAGGAGCAGCAGCAGCGGCUCUACCAGCUGGCCAACAGCAUGGGCGUGGCCAGCCACGGAGACCUGUUGCGUGCUCGCCAGGAGGCGGUGGCGGCGGUGCGGAACCAGGGCGCCAUGGAGGCCCACCUGCCGUCGGCAGGAAGCUCGUCCAGCCAGCGGCGCAAGCAGGGCCUGCCGCAGCACCGCGACGCGCACUUCCCCGAGAGGGAUAUUUCACACCCUCCGCCCCUCCUGUCCCCGCAAACCGCCCCGCACAUCGCGCUGGGACCCCACCUGCGGCCCCCGUUCCUGAGCCUGCCGUCUGCUUUGUGCCAGGCUCCAGGAUACGGCUUCCUGCAGCCGGCGCAGGCGGAGAUGUUCGCGCGGCAGCAGGAGAUGCUCCGGAAACAGAACCUGGCAAGGCUGGAGAUGUCGGCGGAGCUGCUGAGGCAGAAGGAGCUGGAGACGCUGCAUCGGCAGAGGAUUUUUGGGGACCCCCUGGGGUUGCACCCCGGCCUGCCCCCGGACCACCCCGCCCUGCGCAGCCUGCACGAAAUCCCCGAGGGGCACCCGCUACGGGAGGAGCUGAACCGCCGCAACGCCAUGCUGGUGCUGCGCCACAGCAGCGCGCCGCUGCUCUCCCUCAACCACCAGGGGGCGCCGGGGUGCGCGCCACCCAAGGAGCCCGGGUCCCGCAAGAGCUCGCGGAAAGGGGGCCACGCCCGCGGGGACCCACACGAGGGGCCCGCCCAGGCCAAGGACUCGCAGGGGGAGGGGCGUAUGCACGAAGGCGGGGCCGACGGGCGGGACGAGGAGAUGAAGGACUCGGAGAGCGAGGCGGAGGUGGGCGAGGACCGGCUGGAGGGCCCAGCCAAGGCCGACGGCCACGCCGCCGGAUCCGACCUGGGGCAGGGCAAGGACGGGGCCAAGCCCGGCGAGGGAGGGAAAGAUUUGGGCGAGGCGUCCGGACGGCUCAGCGCCCCCUGCAGCUCCGCGGGACCCGCCUCCCCCAGCCACCAGGCCUUCACCCCGGGGAUGGGCAAGAGCGAGGCCAAAUACCUCCCACCCGGGACCUUCCCCCCGUUUCCAGCACAGACCUUCCCCUUCGGCUUCCCGUACAGCCCCUACUUCCACAGCGGCGCCAUGGGAGGUCUGCUCCUGGACGGGGAGGAGGCGCCGCCCAUGGAGGACAUCAGCAAGUGGACGGUGGAGGAGGUGUGCGGCUUCAUCAACGGGCUGGCCGGCUGCUCCGAGUACUCACAGGUGUUCCAAGAGCAGGCCAUCGAUGGCGAGACCCUCCCCCUGCUCACCGAGGACCACCUCCUCAACAACAUGGGCCUCAAACUUGGCCCCGCCCUGAAGAUCCGUUCCCAGGUGGCGCGGCGCGUCGGCAGAGUGCUCUACAUGACCGGCUUCCCGCUGGCCUUCCCGCUGCCGCCAUCUGUUCUGCGCCCCCCGGAGCGGGACGCCCCGCCGCCCGAGAACCGCCCCCCCUCCGCCGGCGGCGCCCCCUCCCCGUACGGCGGCCCGCCCGCCUGCCGCGCCUCCCCCAAGCAGGAGGACGGAAGCGCCUCCGCGGCGGGAGUCUGCAACAACGGCAAGCCGCCGUCCUAAGACGACGACGGCGAAGAGGAAGAAGAAAAACAAAACAAAAACAACAAAAAAAAAAA